AAGCUCCGCCAAUAAAUGGGCAACACCGUCGUCCUUGGCUGUCACAGCGGUCACAUAGAAGAAGAAUCGGAAAGCUCAGUCGGCAGUCGGACGUCUUUAGAGAUGGAAGGGAAAGCAUUUCUUACCGAGGAAGCAAGUUAUAAGGCUCUUCAAGACUACUACGAUAAAAAUGGCAAGGAUAUCAACAUUCUUCAGAUGUUCAAAGACGACCCAGGGAGGUUUGAUAAAUACAGUGUGAAUUUGUCGACUCCAAGCGACGGGGAAAUUUUGUUUGAUUACAGUAAAAACCGCAUCAACGAUGAAGUCCUCAAGUUACUGUUUGAUCUUGCCAGAGCUCGCAAAGUUGAAGCAUCCCGAGAUGCUAUGUUCUCAGGGGAGAAGAUAAACUUCACUGAGGAUAGAGCCGUGCUGCACAUUGCCCUCCGAAACCGUUCUAAUAGCCCAAUCACAGUUGGUGGUGCUGAUGUCAUGCCAGGUGUCAAUGCUGUACUUGAUCACAUGAAAGGUUUUUGUGAAGAGGUCAUAUCUGGUAAUUGGAAGGGAUACACGGGCAAGUCUAUCACUGAUGUUGUCAACAUUGGCAUUGGUGGAUCUGACCUCGGUCCUUUGAUGGUGACUGAAGCUCUGAAGCCUUAUGCAGUGGGACCAAAUGUGCAUUUUAUAUCCAAUAUUGAUGGUACACAUCUUGCUAAAACUUUGAAGGUUUUGAAUGCUGAAACUACCCUCUUCAUUAUUGCAUCAAAGACCUUCACAACCCAAGAAACCAUAACCAAUGCUACCUCAGCAAAGAACUGGUUCUUAGAUACUGCCAAAGAUGAAUCUGCUGUUGCAAAACACUUUGUUGCCUUAUCAACUAAUGGACCCAAAGUUAAAGCCUUUGGCAUUGAUGAGGCUAAUAUGUUUGAGUUCUGGGACUGGGUGGGUGGACGUUAUUCAUUAUGGUCUGCCAUUGGCUUGUCAAUUGCUCUUCACAUUGGAUUUGAUAACUUCGAAAAGUUGCUGUCUGGAGCUCACUUCAUGGAUAAUCACUUCAAAACUGCACCAUUGGAAAAGAAUAUACCAGUCAUUCUUGCUUUGCUGGGGGUAUGGUAUCAUAAUUUCUAUGGCGCUGAGACCCAUGCACUGUUGCCAUAUGAUCAGUAUCUACACAGAUUUGCUGCUUAUUUCCAGCAGGGAGAUAUGGAAUCAAAUGGAAAGUAUGUAACUCGCAGUGGACGUAAGGUUGAAUAUAACACAGGUCCAGUUGUCUGGGGUGAACCAGGUACUAAUGGACAACAUGCCUUUUAUCAGCUGAUUCACCAGGGAACACGUCUUAUUCCUGCUGAUUUCAUUGCACCCGCGAUAUCUCAUAAUCCAAUUGCUGACAAUCUUCAUCACAAGCUGUUGCUUGCCAAUUUCUUAGCACAGACGGAGGCUCUCAUGAAAGGGAAAACAGAACAAGAGGCAAGAGCAGAGUUAGAAAAAGCUAACAUGCCAGCAGACCAAUUAGAGCGUAUUCUACCACACAAAGUCUUUCAAGGCAAUCGACCCACCAACUCUCUUAUGGUGGAAAAGCUUUCUCCUUUCACCCUUGGUGCCCUAAUUGUCAUGUAUGAAAUGAAGAUCUUCACUCAGGGUGUGAUGUGGGACAUCAAUUCCUUCGAUCAGUGGGGAGUGGAGUUGGGCAAACAGCUGGCAAAGGCCAUUGAGCCUGAAUUACAAGAUAAGACCCCUGUUUCAUCUCAUGAUUCCUCAACAAAUGGCUUAAUCAACUUCAUCAAGAAUUAUCUUUAAAUCGUGUUAUUUAUGGAUGACUUCUGGUGAUUGUAAUCUGGUCAUAUUUUCACUAAGCUUAAUUUUCAUUCUACGACAGUGGUGAAGGUGGUUGGAUAUGUGAUACCAAGAAACUUAUUCCAAAGAUUCUACCAGCAUUACGCACCAAAUUGUAAGACAGUAUUAGAAUAAGAAAAGCUUAGCGCCAAAGGCAUAAUACAAUUUUGUGGCAAAAGAAGAAAAUGCUGUAAUUUUGUUGUCUUAGAAUCAGUGUGCUACAUUGUGAGAGUGCUGCAUUGUGAUUUUACUUGUCAUGGUGAGAGAAGAAUGUUGGUAGUUGUAAUUUAAGUUGCAAGACUUGUGUAGGAUUAGCUGUAGUGAUGUGAAUCAGAGGGAGUAUUGAUUUUUAAUAUUUUUGUGUAGUCAAAGUAGAGGAAUUUUUUUAAUACAUUUGAGUGAGAUUUUAUUUGUUUAUAGGUCAAAAUUUUUACAUUUAUUUUGUUGAAAUUUUACCAGUAUUCAAAUAAACUGGAAUUGGAA